AAGUGAUCGCUAACGGUGUUGGUCAGGAGGAAAUAUGGCGUCGGAGGACUCUGAUAGACAACAGCAAAGUGAUUGUGAUGGGGUAAACUGUCUCACUUAUGACGAAGCAAUUAUUGCUCAGCAGGACCGCAUUCAGCAAGAAAUUGCUGGUCAGACUCCAUUGCUUUCUGAACGACUGGACUUGUCGGUUUUGUACCAGGAAUAUGCCCCUGAUGACCAAGUUUACCAAGAGAAGAUUAAGGAUUUGCACAAAAGAUACACAUACAUACGCCGAACGCGACCAGAUGGUAACUGCUUCUAUCGAGCGUUUGGCUUUUCAUAUCUAGAAGCUCUUCUGGGUGGAGGUUCAGAGCUUGAAAGGUUUAAAGACGUUUCUUUGCACAGUAAAGAUGAUCUUAUUAAACAAGGCUUCACGGAAUUUACUAUUGAAGAUUUCCAUAACACGUUCAUGGAUCUAAUUGCUCUUGUGGACAAGCGGCCUCCAGUCUCAGAGCUCUUAGCUGCAUUCAAUGAACAGACUGUGUCAGAUUAUGUGGUGGUCUACCUGCGACUCCUGACAUCUGGACACCUGCAGAGAGACGGUGUCUUCUACCAGCAUUUCAUAGAGGGAGGAAGGAGUGUCAAGGAAUUUUGUCAACAGGAAGUAGAACCCAUGUGUAAAGAAAGUGACCACAUCCACAUCAUUGCUUUGUCCCAGGCCUUGAACGUGUCUAUUCAGGUUGAAUAUAUGGACAGGGGGGAGGGCGGAAGCACAGUCACGCAUGUAUUUCCUGAAGGCUCUGACCCUCCACAGGUCUUCCUGCUCUACCGGCCUGGACACUAUGACAUUCUCUACAAAUGACCUGCUCCACGCUGCUCUUCUUGCCCUCCGUCUGAGUAUUCCCACAGCUCACACCAUGUCUUCUAGUGCUUUCACAUAUCUUUACAUUCCCUCCCUUGUCUAUGUUUUAUCUAAAAUGGAGCAAAAUAAAUAAUAAAACACUACAA